GAGCUAAUUAUCUGGAAGAUCUUCACAAUGCAAGGUCUUAUCGACAAGAUUUCGAGAAUGCAAGCCAAAUUAAUAGUGCAGUCUACAGCGACUACAGUAGUCUUUUUACAAAAAGACAAUUAAACAUGGCCUCUCUUCCUGGUCCAUCAUCGACCCCAUACAAUUGGCAGAAUAAAGCAACUGAAAAUUUCUCUCGCCUGUGUCAACUGAUUGUAACGAUUUGUAGCGACCUGUUUCGAGACAUUCUUAGUCACUAUAUUCAGCCUGCUAAUCUCAGAACAGAGCUAGAUAAAAACAAAAAUAAAUUAGACAAAGUCAAAAGCAUCAACCCUCAGCAGAAAAGAUUACUAUAUCCCGAUCCAGGGAAAGCCUCUCCAAUGGCGAAAGACUUAGAUUUUUCUGUACUUUACGUACUUAUACGCAAUAUUUGUGGCAUCAAACCCCAUAAAAACGGUUGGGGGGAUAAUAUAGAAAAUGGCGACAAUAGCAUUGCGGCCUGCAUUGACAGAAUAAGAUUAAAAAGAAAUUUGAUAUCUGGACAUUCAAAAACUGGUUCGAUGGACAAUGCUUCCUUUCAUUCCACCUGGACAGUGCUUGAGAAUUCUAUUAUUGAUAUUGAAAAACAGUUGACAGGAGGAAACAUGUAUAAGCGUGCAGUAAAUGCACUAUACUUAUGUGAGCUAAGUCCGUCAAGUACAAGACGUUACGUCGAAGAAAUUACUCGAACAUUCAAAAGUGAUAUCUCGAAGAAAAAAGCAAGAAUAGAUGAUGUCGAGAGUCAAUUAAACCAAAAUACCAUGACUAAAAAAGCUCGCCUGGACAAAGUGGAGGAUCAACAAAACUCAGUGACACAAGAAAUUAGAGAGCGUUUCGAGGAAUUUGAAACUAGCAUUCUAUCCAUCUGGCAGGGUAAGUUUUUUUUAAAGCGAUGCCUGUUUAUUGAUUUACAGGCAAAAUGAAAUGUUGAUUGAGAAAAAAGACAUGUUUAAAUUAAUCAAAAUAGAGAUGCAUUGUAGAUAACAUAAAUCUAAUAAUAAAAAUUGACAAAAUGUAUACAUUUUUCAAAUUUUUAGGUAAAUCAUUUACAAAGGAAUAAAAUAUGAAGAGAGAUAAAUUACAUACAAUUUUGUUACCUCCAUUUUAUUGAACGAAGCUGAGCCUAAUUAUUUCUACCAUCCGUUCUUAAUGAUAUCUCUAUCAAUUAAGUUUUCCAUUGCUUCAAACUUUUACUAUCAAAACUCAUACGAUCGCUGUGCUGUUUUAUUGCUGAUUGUAUCAAACGAUACCCAUGUAGUACUCUAAAUUUUAAAACAUUAUUAUUUAUCUCUGUUCUCAAGAUUUUUCUUUUAAAAACAGUUCACAAAGCCAAUUUUAUUUUGAUUUAGUUAGUUAGGCUUGUUUGCAUUUUAAUGACUUAUAACACAUUUUUAAAAAAGUCUUGCAAAGUUAACAAUCAAUAAAACAUGUUUAUUUUAUUGUUGAAAUUCAUUUUUUACAAUUCAUUGGUGUGAGAAAUUGAAUGUUGUUUGUAACACGUAUCAUAAGCAUAAUAAAAUAGAUUGUUUUUGAAAUAUGUUUCAAAAAAAAAAUUCUAGGUAGAGACUCGGCCCUAAAAGAGUACAUGAAAGGUAAGAUUUUUAUUACAUGUUUGUCUGACAAAAGAUGGUUUAUCGCAAAAGUGUUUUCCUUUUUUAUCAUUCUAUCCAUGAUUUUCAUAAUUUAAAUUAACUUCCCCCUUUUUUCCUACUCUCCCUUUGGGUAUCCUGAUUUGAUCAAACAUCAUUAACAUUUUUUUAGCAAAUGAUUUUAAGAAUAUAAAAAAGAGUCAUUAAAAAAGGGAUUUCAAUUAAUCAAAUUUCAACUUUAAAUGAGAGCUUUACCCUUCAUUUUAAAAACUUAAGAAUGAUCUGAUUAGAUCAAAUUGGUCAAUAACUUCUGAAUAAACAUUUGCAGAUAAGAUGGUGUGAAGACAAUAAAAAUAUUCCACAUAAGCGGGGUAUUC